ACUUCCGUGUAAAACUUAUGAAUGACUCCAACUUCUCUGUGUAGCUUGUCAACUGAUAGCAACCGCAUCUCAGUGGAGUUGGUUUACUGACGGCUACCGGCUCCAGCAAGUCAGUCCAAAUGGAUUACACAGCAAAUCAGAGCGGGUUCAGACAGCGUAAGUUACAGCCUAAUAUGCGUCUCAGGAAUAGUUCAGUGGAUGGGUCAGAUGGCAGCCAGCUGUUUGAGGAUACGAGUGGAACAGGGUACAGUAAUCCGCCAGCCGGGCCUCAAGCAGCAGGAUUUCCUGCCCAGUCCAUCCUGUCAGACCCCAUGUCUAACCUGGCUAUGGCAUAUGGCAGCUCACUGGCGUCCCAGGGAAGGGAAAUGGUGGACAAGAAUCUGGACAGGUUCAUCCCUAUUUCUAAGCUGAAGUAUUACUUUGCUGUGGACACAGUGUAUGUGGGGAAGAAGCUGGGCCUCCUGGUUUUCCCUUACAUGCAUGAGAACUGGGAGGUGAGUUACCAGCAGGACACUCCUGUGGCUCCACGCUUUGAUGUGAACGCUCCUGAUCUCUACAUUCCCACCAUGGGCUUCAUCACGUACGUCCUGGUGGCUGGCCUGGCCCUCGGCACACAGAACAGGUUUUCUCCGGAGCUGCUGGGAGUUCAGGCCAGCUCAGCGUUGGUGUGGCUGAUCAUAGAAGUCCUGGCAGUGCUGCUGUCGCUCUACCUUGUGACCGUGAACACCGACCUCACGACCAUAGACCUGCUGGCCUUCUCUGGCUACAAAUAUGUUGGGAUGAUCGUAGGGGUAGUAGCAGGCCUGAUGUUUGGGAAGCCAGCGUACUAUCUCUCUCUGCUGUGGUGCUGUGCUGCCAUCUUUGUCUUUAUGAUCCGCACCUUGCGUCUGAAGCUGCUAUCCGAGGCAGCGGCGGAGGGGAGGUUGGUGAGAGGAGCCAGGAACCAGCUGAGGAUGUACCUCACCAUGUCAAUAGCAGCAGCACAACCCAUCUUCAUGUACUGGCUCACCUACCAUCUCAUUAGAUAAAACCCACACACUCACUGUGCAGAAGAUGAACUUGGCUCUCCGAACGCCAUCUCACCCCCUUAAACAAAACACACACAUCAAAGAAGCUGGACUUGUAUGAAACACAGCGGCCACAGUCACCUGGAUGAUAUCCCAUCAUGUUCCCAGACAUAAAGACAGACUCACAAGACUCGCUCCAUGUACGCAUGGAACAUGCUACGAAACGAUUAGGAGAGGAUGUGAGGCAUUACGGCCUUGUCUCUCACAGCACAGCCCUGUGACAUUUGUGUUGCCUUUUUUUGUCUUUUUUGUUUUAUGUCAUGUCUUCAGAAACGUGUAGCAAGAGCAAGUGGCUUUAAGUUGUUUUUCUAUACUGUGUAAUUAUUUGUUAAUUUUGUUUUUUAGGACUAUUUAAGUAUGUAUGUAUGUGUAUAGCAAAAGUAUUAUCACAGACGUUGCUCUGGUCUGAUAUCUCAUGCGAUUUUUCUGAGCCGACUGUAAAGAUAAAGCACACUAACCUCACUCAACCGUCCAUUUAAUGACGAGAACAAAAGUCAAAUCCAGGUUUAAAACGAUCAACUGGCUCUGUUUCCACUAAUGUUUGUUUCAUGGCUUAGAGAAAUAUCUGUCCUCAUUUAUCCGGAGACGAGGGUAAUGUACAGUAACUGGUGUGUAAGUGUGGGUGCAGCAUCACCUCCAUUUUAUGUUUAAUCUUUUUGUAUGAGCUUUGAUACAUGUUUGAGCUUUGCUGCCUGACAACUCUUGAAUAGAAAUAUCGACUGUGUGUAAGCCGUGAUGCGAGGGUGGGGACGUUGCUAUGAAAUGUUGAAUUGACUUUGAUAUCCUUUUAAAAAAAACGAGUAAAUUAUUUACUGCUUUUCAUAUUGAAAGUCAGACGGAAUAAAGAAAGGGAAGAGAUGGGAUGGUUUGCCCUGUGAA